AUGGAUCGGUGUGAUGGAGGGUUCGAUGGUGACCACUGUGAGACACCGGUGUCAUCUGUUACUAAGACUGGUGCUGAGUCUCAGGACCGUGCAGUUGGAGACGAUGCAUUGUCCCAGGCCAUGCUGCGAAUCCUGGAGAGGGUCGUUGGGGCUAAUGCUGGAUCUGGAGGCCAUAGGUCAAUUACGGAACGACUCCAAUCCAAUGGGGCUGAGGUAUUCAGGGGCAUCGCUGGAGUUGCUCCUAAUGUGGUUGAGUACUGGGUGGAGGCCACGGAGUGUAUUAUGGAUAAUCUGGAUUUUACUGCCGAGCAGAAGCUCAAGGGGGUUGUUUCAUUACUUCGCGAUGAAGCAUAUCAGUGGUGGCUGACGGUUAGGGAUGGCACUCAGCUUGAGAAGUCCAGUUACAUCGACGCUAGGAGGCAUGAGUUCUUGAAUCUUACUCAGGGAGAUCGUUCAGUGGCCAAGUAUGAGGCUGACUUUCUGAGGCUGAGCCGUUAUGCACAAGGCAUGCUGGCGACUGAGUAUGAGCACUGUGUUUAUUUUGAGGACGGCCUUAGGGAUAACUUGAGGGUCCUAAUAGCUCCGCAGAGGGAGCGUGAGUUUGCCGUGUUGGUCGAGAAGGCCAAGAUUGUGGAGGAGGUUAAGCGCGCUGAGUGCCAGAACCAUGAUAGAGGGAAGGCUAAGAGGGAUGUAGAGUCUUCGAACGCUGGGGUGAGGACUAGAAAAAAGGCCAGAUCUGAUGGGUCCGUGAGAGUUGGGCCUACUGUUGCACCUGUUGGGGUGGAGAUUUGUCAGCUUCGUAAUAGACUACAACCGGGCGAGUGUUGGAGGUCUACUGGAGCUUGUUUUAGAUGUGGGUCUUCUGAGCAUCGUGUUAAGGAUUGUCCAUUGAGGACUAAUCAGAUGCAAGCUCUGGCUACUGAGACUGCACAGCCACCGAGGGUAGUUCAGCAGCCACCUAAGGGCCGAGGUUAA